CGGGAUGAAUGGGUCGGCGCGGCUGCCGGCCGGGCCCGCGGAGCAGCUGGGCGCGAACGGCAGCGGCCCCGCGGAGCUGCGGGAGGCCACCCACGCCGCCACGCUGGCCGCCUGCGCCUCCCUGCUGGCGCUCGUCUUCUGCCUGGGCUCCUACGGCAACCUCAUCGUGCUGCUCUCCUUUUUCGACCCGGCCCUCCGGAAAUUCCGCACCGACUUCGACUUCAUGAUCCUCAACCUCUCCUUCUGCGACCUCUUCAUCUGCGGCGUGGCCGCCCCCAUGUUCGCCUUCGUCCUGUUCUUCGGCCCGGCCCGCGGMGUGCCGGGCACCUUCUGCUUCACCUUCCACCUGACCAGCUCGGGCUUCAUCAUCAUGUCUCUCAAGACGGUGGCGGUGAUCGCGCUGCACCGGCUGCGGGUGGUUCUGGGCAAGCACCCGCACCGCGCCGCCUCCGCGCCCCGCUCGCUGCUGCUCACGCUGCUGCUCUGGGCCGCCAGCUUCACCCUGGCCACCAUGGCCACGCUGCGCACCCGCGGCUCCCGCCUCUGCCUGCCCAUGGCCGGCCUGCCCAGCGGCCAGGGCAAGCUCAUYCUCUACCUCUACGUCACCGACUUCAUCUGCUGCGUGGCCGUCGUGUCCGUGUCCUACGUGAUGAUCGCCCGGGCCCUGCGCAGGAACGCGCGGGCGAGGAAUUGCCCGCCUGCGGUGGCCGUGGGUACCGCCAGGGCUCAGCCCUUCGUGGGGCCCGGGACCGUGCCUGCCCURUACAGAAGCCAGAGCUGCGCCAAGCCGCCCCACGGCCACGCCARGCUGGCUGGCCACCACCCGCUGGCCUCAGCGGUCAACCUGGCCACGGCCAAAGACUCCAGGGCGGUGGUGACSUGCGUGGUCAUCGUGCUCUCCGUSCUGCUGUGCUGCCUGCCCUUGGGCAUCUCCCUGGUGCAGGACAUGCUGUCCAGCAGCGGUGGCUUUGUGCUCUACCAAUUUGAGCUGUGUGGGUUUACCCUCAUUUUUUUCAAAUCGGGAUUAAAUCCUUUUCUGUAUUCCCGCAACAGCGCGGGGCUGCGGAGGCGAGUGCUCUGGUGCCUGCAGUACGUGGCCCUGGUYUUCUGCUGCAAGCACAAGACGAGGCUUCGAGCCGUGGGCAAAGGCAGCCUGGAGGUCAACAGGAACAAGUCGUCCCACCACGAGACCAACUCGGGCUACAUGUUGUCCCCAAAGCCUCAGAAGAAAGGCUUGGAGCAGGCGUGCGGCGCCAGCCACUCCAAGGACAGCGUGCUGAGUCCCAAGGUGUCCGCGGGGCAGCAGCACUACGGGCAGAGCAGCUCGACCCCCAUGAACACGCGUGUCGAGCCCUACUACAGCGUGUACAACAGCAGCCCCUCGGCGGAGGUGAGCACCCCGCACAGCCUGCAGCCCGCGGGACCCGCCUUCGCCUUCGCACAGCCCUCCGUGCCCGCGCUCCAUCGCUCCGGCGGCGCCGUGCCCAGCAGGUACAUCCCGCUGCCCUCCGYGUAGCCUUGGCAAAGGGUGCCCACCUUCCUCACCCUGCUCUGGCUUGGGGAGGAAUUGCUCCAAACUCCCAUGAUACUGCUGCCAGUGAAUAAAACCGCCGUUCCCGUUUGCACUGAAGCUGUCGCCUCCGUGACGUGGCUUUGGAGUUUCUGUGGCGAGCCAACAAGGGGGAUAUUUGAGAUUUGUGUUUGGAAUUGUUACACAAGGGUGGUUUUGUUACUAAAUAUUAAUGAGGGCAAGUAAAAACAAGUAAAUGCCGURACUAUGCGAUKGGUUUUGUCACAAGGCCAGGUUGGACCGGGCUCAGAGCAACCUGGGAAGRGAAGGUGCCCCUGCCCAUGGCAGAGGAURGAACUGGAUCAUCUUUAAGGUCCCUUCCAACSCAUUCURUGAUAAGGCAGAGUAUUAUAAAUACCUUGUAUUUUCAGGAAGGAAGAAUUGGGGAGAUGCUUGGUAUUAUUUGAGUUUAAACUCUUUGCGUUGCAGAAGGUUGGAAUAAUCAAUGUUAUUCUGUAAUAACAAGAGUUCUUUCUCUUCACGGGUGAAACCUUGGUUCUGUUAAGGUAAAUGGCAAAAUUUCCAUGAAGUAACUGAAGUUCRGGAUUUCACUCUUGGCUUCUUCUAGUGGGAUAAGGCUUUGUUUAGUCAGUGUUAUAUUUCCCCUGGGGAAGGACAUUUGGUAAGUGUGGCACUGCAAUAAAUCUCUGCAGUAUAUAUGUUAAUAUCUGCUGGACAUUGAUUUUAAUGAUGGUGGCAUUAUGUAUACCAGAGUAAUUUGGACGAGUAUUUUAUAUCUGAUAGAAAUAGCCAUGCAAUACCUAAUUAUUUGCAUUACUUGAGGAUAAAGAUGAAUUUUGCAAUAUUACGGGACUGAUAGACCAGGAGGAGCACAGUCACCUCUGGAAUUCCCAGCUGGUCAGCUGUUAGGCAAAGAGCUGUGUUGCUGCUUGCUCUUUUGCCCAUGACUUUGUAUCAAUUGGGAUUUGGCUAUUCCUGACAGGCAGAACUGUCAGCUGUUAACAUUAUUAAAACCAGAAUGACAAGUUUUUGAGGUUUUGUUAAGAAGUCUAACAUCAGUUUUGAUUUCAUCUGUCUGCUUAGGAAUUUUGUCUGUUGAUCCACACAGCAAGGAAAUAAGUGAAAUAUUUGUGUUUAUAAAACCACCCAUUUGUGUUGUCACUUGUGGGAAUUCCAUGGGAGACAGAACAAUUCAGGGGCAUUUAAAUUCCUGACAGUUCUUGCUCUGAGUGUCCUGAUCUCUUCCAAACAAGCAAUCACCUUUCAGCUUCUGUGGACUUCAGCAGAGCCUCAGUGUCUCCARAAUAAUUGUGCUACAGACUUUUGAUGCCUUGCUAUAGGAAAAUGCCACAUCUUUAGGAAAAUGACAGUGAUGGGAWGGUGAUUUGUUACUUUAGAAACACAAAAUGUCCACAUUGCUCUGUGUGAGUUUUUGGUUCAGGCUUUUUGUUGACUAAACUGUUUUCAAGAUUCUUCUGGAAUACUGUUCUUUGUUUAACACUGAACAUGAAUUAAUUUUGAAUAAUUCAAACCAGCUUUCUUGCAAUAAAACCAGUGUGAACAACUUUCUAACACAAAUGUAAGUUGAAAUUAUUUCCUUAAGUAUUUUCUC